UGUAUCGGCUAAUUCUCUCGACAGCAGUGCUUGAGAGCUGUUUUAAAUAAUAAAAUUACAAAAAAUCCAAUCAUAUCCCCAAGCCAAUUUUCAAAGACAAGCGCCUAUUCGCAACAAAAGCCAUCGUUAUAUAACAAGCGUAUAAGCUUUUCCUACAACCCUACGGCUUACAACAAUUUGUCCACAAAAAUAUAAGUACAUACACGCGGGCGGCGGGACGACCGCGGUGGCUGGUAGCGCAUGCGCGUAGCGGCGGUGGCAGCACGUGCGCGCUACUUUGUCGCGCGGCAAAGCGCGCGUGGCGUCGCCUCGAUCAGUCCCUCUCUACUCGUUCUCGUGUCGUGCGUACUUAUUCCUCGCCGAAUAGACCGACGCGCAGCACGCAGAGACUCCGAGCCACUCUUCCCAUUCAGAAUCCGGGAUAAUCAACGCAAUCGCAAUGGCUGAGGAAUAUCUUUACGGAGUCACGUUGAACGGUGAGAAGAACACCGAGGUCUGGGACCCAGAGCCAAAGAAUGACGAGUCUGACAGCAACCAGCACUUCGGUGUCGACCAGAAACUCAUCAUCAAAAUGGCGCUCUUGGGACCAGAGGCUAAGGCUGGUGAAUUAAAUGUUCUUCAAGUCGAAGCCAUGGGACUUAAGGGACCAAUCAAAAUCCCGAUUGCUUUGUUGGAGAUGGGAAAGACAUCACAAAUCAUUCUGGACCUCAGUUUCCCCGACCCACCAGUUACGUUUACCCUCAUCAAAGGAAGCGGCCCAGUGCACAUAGUUGGACACAAUCUCCUUGAUAUGGAAGAUGAGGAGGUAGAAGUUGACAACUUUGACGAUGACGAUGACGAGAAGGACCCCGAAGACGAAGAUGAGGAAGACGACGAACCAAAAAAAAAGAAGAAUAAGGUAGGAGCGCCACCCAAAAAUAACAAACCAGCCAACAAGAAUCAGAAUCAGAUCCAGAAUCAGAAAAAGAAAUAAAUCUUGGCUCUGACUAGCUAUUAAAAAUCACAAGACCACUUGUAGGCUAGGCUAAUUAACUUUAAGUCCAUUAUCAUCAGCGUUUUGCGAAAUCAGUAUCGUUUAAUCAUCACUUUACCAUCGACAAGCGCUCUACAAUGAAGAUUGAUGCUGGAUCAUUAUUGAACGCGCAGUGACAAAAAAAAAGAAAUGACUCUGAAACCAGAGGCUUGCUUAUCCAACCAAUGUUUGACUUUUACUGUGUAUUUUAAAGUUGUAGAGUAGCUAUGUACAAUUCAUUUUUGACCAUUUUUUUAUAUAAGAAAUAUAUUUUUGAUAAAUAGAGCUGCUGGCUUCAGAAUCAUGUGACGACAAUUAGUUUGAGCGUUUACACUAAAACAGUUUUUUGUUAUAAUGCAUACAACUUCGUAUGCAUUCAGCUUUACGACCUAGAGAGGAAAAAAUAUUUUUUUAAUUGCAAAACUUUUUCAUCUUUAGGAAAGUUCAUGUAUAGUUUAAUAUUAGCCACAAAGACGUUGUUCUUAAUCUAAAUUAAAUAAAUUUUUCAUUAAACUAAUCAGUUUUGUGACAGUAAAAAUGACGGUUGGGAGAGGGUGCGCGAAGAAAACUUGCUCUGCAAGUGCACAAAGAAAAUUGUUUUUUCAUUUUUGACACUGUUUUCGCAUUUUCAGUGAUGAAACAAGUAUAUGAGUGACGAUUUAUCGUGUUAUGCCAAAAACAAACCUAAGGCUGUCGUGAGUAUCUUGAAUUUAUUUUCAAGACGGACGAUUUAUCGAAGUAGACGAAAAGAGAAGACUACCAGGAUACGUGUCAGUAUCGUGAAAAACAUUUUAAUACAAAGCUGACUUUUAAAAUUUUGUUUUCUUUUUUUUCCACAUUCAAUCAUGGGAUCUUUUUUAUCAUUUCGAUUACGAAGUUUAAUCGAACAGUGAAACAAAGUGACAGAGACAUUUUAUCGCAUUCAUGUGUCAUAAGUACAAUAAAAAAUAUAGUUUGAGUGAAUGAUUAUAUAGCGUGUACACUUAUUUUGUACAUAUGAAAACGGAAUAAACUUCCAACAACUGUGAA